AUGAAGGAGAUUGCCGAGAUAUUUGACGGUAUCCAGGUUGCGAACCAGGUCGUGGCCGAGGUAGAGAAGGGCAGGGGCCAUGGCGAUGGUUCGGCUAUUAGGAAGGACACCGAUGUAGUGAUUGGCGGCAAGGGUGCCGCCGCGAAUACUGUGGACGAGGUCAAGGCGAAGCGAUGUACUUGA